AUGCACAUAGAUUUGCGGCGUCCAGCUGAGCAGGUGAAGAAGAGGACCGCUCCUUACAAGUGGAGGCACGCUGGGCUCGAGGACCUUUCAACAUUUUUGUUGGCAGAGAUCCAACAUGGCAGAUUCAAGCCAACCUUUCCCUUUGAGUUUGGCGCUUUCAACUAUAGUCUGGUGACGCUGGUGGCCAUCAAGCUGGCUAGGGUCCCAAACGUGAAUAGCAUCUCCGGUGAAUUUCUGCCUGAUCGCAAUCGAGGCCAGAAGGCGGCGCCGGUUCCAACCCCCUGCCGUGUGCGGAGAAAGCUUUCGUUCAUGAGCGGAUCUGCGUCAAAGUCAACUUUGAAGCUGGGGGAAUCACAUGAAUCACUUAGUACUGUUGAGAGAGCGGCUGUGUUCAACCGUGCCACCACCGCUGAAAAGAUUACCCCCAAGCCGAAACCUCCACCUGAGACACCAAAGUCAACGCCCACGCCAGUUCAGAAGACCAUCCAAAAGACCAAGACACCCAGCCCAAAGGCCCAGCAGUCUAGCAAUCAGAAACGCUCAAAAGACUCCCCUCCCACAACACCAAGUGCAAUGCCAUCACGGCCAUCAGAACGAACACAGAAGUAUUUAGCAGAGCGCAAGAGGCUGAGGAGGAUGAAUACUGAGGAAUGCAAGCCCAAGCAAGAGGCACCUGAAGCAACACCCAGCGCGGCAAAGGAGAAUGGCAAGGGAACAGCAAAAAAGCCAAGCAGCAAAGCAUCCACAGGUAGUCGCACGGCUCCAAAGGAAAACAAGAAAGUCAACAAGACAAGCAACACAACAAACAAGGGUGAUGCAAAGGGUAGUAAGAGGAGUGUGGAGGAUGCAAAGGACACCAACAAGAAGAGCAAGGAGGAUGCAAAGGACACCAACAAGAAGAGCAAAGAGGAUGCAAAGGACACCAACAAGAAGAGCAAGGAGGAUGCAAAGGUUGACACCAACAAGAAGAGCAAGCAGGAUGCAAAGGCAAAGGACAAGAAGGAGAGCAAGGAGGGUUCAACCAGUGCAAAGAACCAAGGCAAAAAGAAAACAAAAGGUACCAAGGAGGUCAAGCGCCGGAAGCAUGCAAAGGGGAAGAACACCGGAGCUAGUAGUAGCAAGGUCAAGAAGGAAAAGAAGGACAGCAAGGCAGCAACCGCAGAUGUAGAUGAGGAAUCCGCAGACAGUAAGGACACAGGUUCUCCAAAGAAGGCAAAGAAGUCAAAGGCAGCCAAGAAGGCACACGCAAUGUACAUGAAGUAUUGGCGAAGCAUCAGAAGCAAGACGCAACAGUCGGUUCUCUAUGAGGACUUUUGGGCUUCGGGAUGCGAGUGGCAAAGGACUACCGUGUAUCGCACAGUGACCAACAAAAUGGAAAAUAAAAAAUCAGGAAAACGGAAGUGGUUGACACGUGGGCAAAUGUUGCCAUACUUUGAAAACGAUGAAGCCAUCGUGGAUGCCAUCAUCCACCGUAAGAUGGCGGAUGAUGAGCUUCGGGCCGAAGAAGUGAGAAGCCAUCCAGAGAUUCCAUCUGUUUAUCAGUACUUGACUUUGGUUGAGGAUGAAGAGGAGGCCACUGAGUCCAGCUCGAUCAUGGAUAUGUUCAAGGCUACCGAAUCGAAAAACACUGGCCGGGGCCGGGGCCAUGAAUCCGAUUCAUCUGACUCUGAGGAUUCGGACGAGUCCGAUGGCAGCGAGAGCGGUUCUGAUUCAGAGAGCACGGAUUCGAAUUCCUCUGAGGGGAAGAAGCGCAGCAAGAAAGACAAGAAGAAGAAAGACAAGAAGAAAGACAAGAAGAAGAAAGACAAAAGUAAGAAAAAAGGAAAAGGUGGAAAGUCCAACAAAUCAAAGGGUGAGGCAGAGGAAGCAGCAGAACAGGCAAAGGAAGCUCGCAAAGACCUCAUCAAGUCAUCUGGCAUCAAAACCGCCGUCGUGAGCGAAAUCGAUGCGAUGGUGUCGCGCCUGUCGAAGAUCCGGUUGAAGAUGCAAGCAGCCUUGGAUGCGGGAGCGGAGGAGCUCUGGGACAGCCGCUUGACAAAUGUGCUGACCGAAGCUGAGAAGGGCCUGGAAAAUUUUGAUGAGCAGAUGGAACCCAUCACUGGCAAGAAAAGAAAAGCCGGUAAGGGCGACAAGUAG